CGUGACUUCCCUGUGGUCCUUCGGGCUGUGCGAGAGGGAGGGCGGUCGGUCGGCGGCCGAUGCUUCAGUGAGAGCGGGGCUACUGGGCUAGUGCGGGACUGGCUGUCGGGCUCAGGGAGGUGGCGAGUGUCGGAGCUACAGGAGACACAGAGGAGGGAGACGAACAACGAGCUGCCGGGAGAGAAGGAGGCGGCGGCGGCUGCAGGAGCGGCGCUGUGCAUGGAGGGAUUUGUAGAGAAGAAGCAAAUCAGCCCUGGUCAUCCCGCACAAGAGUUGAGCCUGAGCCGGGCCUAGUUGCGCCGACAUGUUCCGUAACAGCCUGAAGAUGCUGCUCAGCGGGGGCAAAUCCAACCGGAAGAAUCGAUCCAGCGAUGGAGGCAGCGAGGAACUCCAGGAAAGUCGGAAGCAGCACAGUGUAGACAGCCGCCACGGUCGGGCCACCCAAGGUGGCUCCUCCUCAGAGAACGACUGCGCAUUUGAGCCGGAUUAUUCCAUCAACCCUCUCCCAGUCACAGAAGGAAUGCAGCACAUCCGCAUGAUGGAGGGCAUGUCCCGCUCUCUGCCCUCGUCCCCCCUACUCACCCACCAGGCCAUCAGCAUGCGACUGCAGCCCGUGAAGAAACUCACAGACCCACUGAGAAAGGCAAAGUUUGUGGAAGGUCCCAGAAUUCCAGAGUCUGAAUUAGGAUCUCCGACUCUCGGUUCCACCCAGAAACUGGAAGCUGAUGCCUACCUGCUGGGGGAAGACGAGUCGGUCCUGGGCCCCCCUCCAUCCGUUGAUGAGGCUGCAAACACCCUCAUGACCCGAUUGGGUUUCCUCCUGGGAGAGAAAGUCGGUGAAGUCCAGGCGGCUGUUCCCCAAUACAGCAUGGAGGGGCAGGAGGAAAACCAAGUGACAGAAGACUGGCAAGAAGACAAACAGGGUUCUGCAGUCACCCAGAGGAUCAGCCCCUGUUCCACACUGACAAGCAGUACCGCUUCUCCCCCUGCCAGCAGCCCCUGUUCCACGCUCCCACCCCCCAACACAACAGCUCCUGCCAAGGACUGCAGCCCUACCUCCACAUUGGAGAGCAGGGACAGCGGAAUCAUUGCCACCUUGACAAGCUACUCCGAAAACAUGGACCGCUCCAAAUAUGGGGCAGAGAGUGGCAAGGAUAGUGGCUCCCGUGGGUGUGUGAAACAGGCCCAAAAGUCCAUGGAUUCCUGCCUCUACCGGGUUGAUGAAAACAUAAUGGCCUCUACCUUCAGCCUGAACAAGAUCCCUGAGAGGGGACUGGACACUGGUCUCUCCCAGUCUGUACAGUCGAUCCCACUCUACCUCAUGCCAAGACCCAACUCUGUUGCAGCCACCAGCUCUGCACACCUGGAAGACCUUGCUUAUCUGGAUGAGCAGAGACACACCCCACUGCGAACCUCUUUGCGGAUGCCACGUCAGACCUUGGCCGGGCCACGCACCCCACAGGACCUGAGAGUGCGUUUUGCACCGUACCGGCCCCCAGAUAUUUCCCUGAAACCACUGUUGUUUGAGGUACCAAGUAUCACCACGGAUACCAUGUUUGUGGGACGUGAUUGGCUCUUCCAUGAAAUUGAUGCUCAGCUCCAGAGUGAGGAUGAUGCUGUCAACCGGGGAGUAGUGAUCUGCGGUAACAUCGGCUUUGGGAAAACAGCUAUCAUUUCCCGGCUUGUUGCGCUAAGCUGCCACGGGACGCGUCUGCGACAGAUCAAUUCUGACAGCCCGCAUGCCUCCCCGAAACAUUCAGAAGCAAAUAGGGAGCUGAGCCAACCAGGACAGACGCACUCGGGCAUUACCACUGGAAGUUGCCCAGGGACACCGGAAAUGCGCCGGCGGCAAGAGGAAGCAAUGAGGAGAAUAGCAGCGCAGGUGGUGGCAUAUCACUACUGUCAGGCUGACAAUGCCUAUACCUGCUUAGUCCCUGAAUUUGUUCAUAAUGUGGCAGCCUUGCUCUGCCGGGCCCCUCAUCUUGUGGCUUACAGGGAACAACUUCUGCGUGAGCCCCACCUACAGAGUCUUCUCAGUCUGCGCUCCUGUGUGCAGGAUCCGGCUGCAUCUUUUCGCAGGGGUAUACUAGAACCACUGGAGAAUCUGUUCAAAGAAAGGAAGAUUCCAGAUGAAGAUUACAUCAUUUUGAUAGAUGGGCUGAAUGAAGCGGAGUUCCACAAACCAGAUUAUGGAGAUACUAUUGUGUCAUUCCUGAACAAGAUGAUAGGGAAAUUUCCCCGCUGGCUUAAGCUUAUCGUGACUGUGAGAACUACCCUGCAGGAAAUCACCAAGCAACUUCCUUUCCACCGUAUUUCCCUUGACCGGUUAGAAGAAAAUGAGGCUAUAGACCAAGACCUCCAGGCUUACAUUCUUCAGCGCAUUCAUAGCAGUUCCGAGAUCCAGAAUAACAUUUCACUCAAUGGCAAGAUGGACAACACUACCUUUGGGAAGCUUAGUUCUCACCUAAAGACACUGAGCCAGGGAUCUUACCUUUACCUAAAGUUGACAUUUGACCUCAUAGAAAAAGGCUACCUUGUUCUCAAAAGCUCCAGUUACAAGGUGGUUCCAGUGUCUUUGUCUGAGGUCUACCUCUUGCAGUGCAACAUGAGGUUCCCCACCCAAUCCUCAUUUGAAAGGGCUUUACCUCUCCUCAACGUUGCCGUGGCUUCUCUUCACCCGCUGACUGAUGAACACAUCUUCCAGGCCAUCAACGCAGGCAGCGUGGAUGGAGGGUUAGAAUGGGAAGACUUUCAACAGCGCAUGGAAAAUCUCUCUAUGUUCCUGAUCAAGAGGAGAGACUUGACUCGGAUGUUUGUGCACCCUUCUUUUCGGGAGUGGCUGAUUUGGAGGGAGGAUGGUGAAAAGACCAAAUUUCUAUGUGAUCCCAGGAGUGGCCAUAUUCUGCUGGCAUUCUGGUUCUCUCGCCAGGAGGGGAAGCUGAACAGACAGCAGACCAUUGAGUUGGGACACCAUAUACUAAAAGCCCAUAUCUUCAAGGGUCUCAGUAAGAAGGUUGGCGUUGCAUCAUCUAUCCUCCAAGCCCUAUGGAUUUCUUACAGCACAGAUGGCCUGUCAAUGGCACUGGCAUCUCUUAGAAACCUCUACACUCCUAAUAUCAAGGUGAGCCGUCUGCUGAUCAUGGCAGGAGCCAAUGUGAAUUAUCGCACUGAGGUGCUGAACAACGCCCCUAUCCUGUGUGUUCAGGCACACCUGGGAUACACAGAGAUGGUGGCACUGCUGCUGGAGUUCUCCGUAAAUGUGGAUGCCAGUUCAGAGAGCGGUCUUACUCCACUGAGCUACGCAGCCGCCUCAGGCCAUCUGACCAUUGUCAUGCUGCUGUGCAAGCGGCGCGCCAAGGUGGAUCUGCUGGAUAAGAACGGGCAGUGCACGCUGGUUCAUGCUGCUCUACGAGGUCACCUGGAAGUAGUCAAGUACCUAAUUCAGUGCGACUGGACCAUGGCCGGACAGCAGUCAGGAGUCCUGAAGAAGAGUCAAGCCAUUCAGCAAGCCCUGAUUGCAGCUGCUAGCAUGGGAUACUCAGAGAUCGUCUCUUACUUGCUGGAUCUCCCUGAGAAGGAUGAGGAGGAAGAGGAGAGAGCUCAGAUUAACAGCUUCGACAGCUUGUGGGGAGAGACUGCUCUAACCUCUGCGGCCGGCCGCGGGAAGCUAGAUGUUUGCCGACUUCUACUUGAACAAGGGGCAGCUGUUUCCCAGCCCAAUAGGCGAGGUGUUGUGCCAAUAUUCAGUGCUGUGCGCCAGGGACACUGGCAGAUUGUGGACCUUUUACUCACCCAUGGGGCAGAUGUAAACAUGGCUGACAAGCAGGGCCGGACCCCACUGAUGACCGCAGCAUCUGAGGGGCAUGUGGCCACAGUGGAGUUCUUGCUGGCACAAGGAGCCUCCAUAAGCCUCAUGGACAAAGAGGGCCUCACAUCUCUGAGUUGGGCUUGCCUUAAAGGGCACCUUUCAGUAGUGAGGACACUGGUGGAAAGUGGCGCUGCUACUGACCAUGCUGACAAGAACGGGAGAACUCCUCUUGACCUUGCGGCCUUUUAUGGAGACGCUGAGGUGGUUCAGUUCCUGGUGGAUCAAGGAGCAAUGAUUGAACAUGUGGACUACAGUGGGAUGCGCCCGUUGGACAGAGCGGUGGGAUGCAGAAACACAUCAGUGGUGGUGGCUCUUCUGAAGAAGGGAGCCAAGAUAGGUCCAGCAACCUGGGCCAUGGCAACUUCCAAGCCAGACAUCAUGGUCAUUCUGCUGAGUAAACUGAUGGAGGAGGGAGACAUGUUCUACAAGAAGGGAAAGGUAAAAGAAGCGGCUCAGAGGUACCAAUACGCUCUGAAGAAGUUCCCACGUGAGGGAUUCGGUGAUGAUCUUAAGACAUUUCGUGAACUCAAAGUGUCUCUCCUGCUUAACCUCUCCCGAUGCAGACGAAAAAUGAACGACUUUGGAAUGGCAGAAGAAUUUGCCACUAAAGCUUUGGAACUGAAGCCAAAGUCCUAUGAGGCAUUUUAUGCUCGAGCCAGGGCCAAGCGGAGCAGCAGGCAAUUCACUGCGGCUCUGGAGGACCUGAAUGAGGCGAUCCAGCUUUGCCCUAACAACCGUGAAAUUCAGCGGCUGCUAAUGCGGGUUGAGGAGGAAUGCAGACAGAUUCAGCAGGAGGAGGAAGUGCAGGAAAUGCAAGAUGAGCCAGAGCAGGAGGUGCAGAAUGAGGAAAUAGACUCCACUCAGGAAGAUGUCUAUGAGGAAGAGUAUCUUGAGCAGGAUAUGGACACUGUUCCUGUGGGUUUACCAACUGAAGUAAGGCCGUGCCCGGGUCUACCAGGAAUGCAAAGUCCACCCCAAUCUCCUGCCCAUCGGGAUUCUGCCUAUAUAUCUGGCUUUGACUUCAGGUCCAACAGCUCAGUAGGUUCUCCGACCAGGCAAAGCUACGAAUCUACUUCUCCAUCCCUUUCUCCCACUCACCAGAACUCUUACAGAGCCAGUCCUCCUCAAACAUCACCAGUCCACCAGAGCUCAUCAUAUUGCUUCAGUCCCCCUCCAGUGGGGGGGCAAGUUAUGGACUACCCCAGCCCACCCCCUUCACCUCUACGAAGGGCACCUCAGUACAGAGCCAGUCCUCCUAGUGAAAGCAUGUACAGGCAGUCAUCUGGCUCUCCAGUACGGUAUCAACAAGAACCAUGCAUAAGUCAGCACCCAGGUAGACCCAAGUCUCCUUUGUCCAAGAUGUCUCAAAGGUCCUUCCAAAUGUCACAGCUUCCAACUGCCGUCCCACAACCUGCACAUAGGUUGCAACCUGCCAAGGCACAAAUCGUACGCAGCAACCAACCUAGCUCUGCAGUUCACUCCAGUGCAGUCAUCGCCAGUGGGACAUAUGGACAAGUGGCACAUGGGAUGGCCAGUAAAUAUCAGACAUCCUCUGGGGAGAUGAGCCAAAGCAGACUAGUGUACCAAGCCUCUCUUGGAGGCCUCAUGCCGGAUGGUCGUCCUGUUCAGCAUGUUCAAGCUAGUUUGAGUGCUGGGGCAAUAUGUCAGCAAACAUUCCCAAAAGAUGACAUUCCCCAACGGCCGACCUCUGCCUACAGAGGUGGUAUGAGGUACAACCAAACACCACAAAUUGGUCGCAGCCAGUCGGCAUCUUACUAUCCAGUUCUAGAACGUACUUCUCUGCCAAACAGCCAGCUUGGCUCUCCAGAAGUUUCUCACCUGAUAAGACGACCUGUGAGUAUCAACCCUAAUGAAAUCAAGCCUCACCCUCCCACGCCAAGGCCGCUGUUGCACUCACAAAGCGUGGGACUUCGCUUUUCUCCGUCCAGCAACAGCAUUUCAUCCUCUUCCAGCCUGUCUGCUAACUUCCGUCCCUCCGCUGCCAUUCAACAAAUGGAGAUACCACUCAAACCAGCCUAUGAACGUCUCUGUGAUGAGUUGUCUCCGGUGUCCCCACCCCAAGGGACCUACUCCAAUGAACCUACUCGCUCCAGGGCCACACCCUUCAUGGGUAUCAUCGACAAGACAGCACGGACUCAUCAGUACCCUCAUCACCAUCAGACGAGUAGACCAUGGGCUAUUUCCUCUGUAGACACCAUCCUUAGUCCCACAUCUUCUGGUAUCCUUUCCCAGCAAGAAUCCUUCAGCCCCCCCUCCUCAAUCAGCAACAUUGCAUUUUAUAACAAAACCAAUAAUGCGCAGAAUGGGCAUCUACUGGAAGACGACUACUACAGCCCUCAUGGGGUCUUAGCCAAUGGCUCCCGAGGGGACCUGUUAGAGAGAGUUACACAGGCCUCUUCUUAUCCUGAUGUCAAAGUGGCCAGAACAAUGCCUGUUGCACAGGCUUACCAGGACAACCUUUACCGGCAGCUGUCCAGGGACUCCCGGCAGGGCCAGACUUCACCCAUCAAACCAAAGAGACCAUUUGUGGAGUCCAAUGUGUAGAAUGACUGACUGUCCCCUCACCGGUCCACUUCUUUCCAGGGUCUCUGCCUUUUUCCCCCUCAAUGCUCCCUCCCAGUGUCCCUCUAUGUCUUGCUCUGCAGUCAGGUGAUGGAGCAACUCUUCCUGAGACUACAGUGUCUCCUACUUAUCUUCUUUUCCCCAGCUUUGGAGACUUUAACUCAGUUUGUGCUUUUGACCCACCAAGUUGGGCAGACCUUGGUCCCUUAGUGCAGAAGAUGCUUCCUAGAAGUCCUUCUUGCAUUGAACAAGUUGGGUUCUCAGACUACAGCUGGGUAAUCUUUUUUUCCACUCCUCCCCUGAUUAUCUAUUUAAUUUUGGAAUGUGUUUUAUUGUUUGUGAACUAGAUUUUAACCAGUAAUUGCACUUACCUUGAUAAGGCAUCCUACCAGCCCCUUCACCUUUCUGUACACAGCUAUAGGGCUUUAUUGGGAAUGAAACUGCUUCUCCUUCUUGAGAUCAAGCUUCUGCAGGCAGGCAGUGUAAAUAGGCCUUGGUUAUUAUUCUGGGUGUUACCCGUCACCGAGAGAGUAAGCGCACAUUAGCAGCACCGCAGGGAUCUGGAAAUUUAGCACUCAAAAGGGCUCUGUCUAUAUAUCUACCUAUCUGUCUGUCUGUCUGUCUAGACACAAACACACACACAAAUGAUCUAGUAAUAUGCUUUCUAAUGAGUGAUUGUUUUUUAGCUGAGAAAUCAUGUAUCACACUGUGUGACAUAUGUACAAAUACCUACAGAAGCCAGCACCAUGCCUUCAUAUACUGACCAUUUUUUUAAAGGGACUGAUGUCACCAUUCCCUAUGUUUCCCUCAUUUAGAGUCCUCAUUGGUGGUUUUUUGAGUGGCGUAAAUGUCAAUUAAGAAUGGUGACCCAUUUAGCAGUAAGGCGCAGAUGUGCAUUGAGGUGAGUUAGCAAGAUCUUUCACUCUGAAAACGAAUACCAUUGCCAACUGCCAAUGAGCUUUGUGUAUGUGGUGGAGGUUGCUUUGAGCUCCCUGAUCCAAGCCAGUACUUAGGAUUCAUAAUUGUAGAGGCGAACCUUUCAAUCAGAAUAGCUGUAUCUCAGCAAGGUGUCUAUUAUGAGACUGGCUGCCCUUACAGUGUUCUUUUGAUUUGCAUUGAUUGCUUAAGAUUUCAUGUACCCCAUACACAGCUUAGAGAGGGUCAAAUGAGGCCAAUCAAAUAUGGAUUGUUUAUUUGCACAAAAUUACCUUUUUAAAUAAAAAAAAAUCCAGGAAUAUUGCAGCAGGUGCCUCUACAGCUGUUAUUGAGCUAGAACUUCCACCAGAACUUCUGGUUCCACAAGACCUGCUUGUGUUUUUAUUGCUCUUUUUAAUUCUUACUGUGCACUUUCAACGAGUAUUUAAAGUACAUAUCAGAUAUGGGAUUGUGAGAUGCCUUUUUAUCUUCUCAUGCCCCCUUACUGUAAACUGGCACAACCAUGUUCUUAAUGGGCUUUUUACAUGGGCAGUAUUGGCUGCUGACUUGGUCACUCUUUUCAAUUAUUGGUGAUGGCAUUGUUUUGACACCAUACACUGGUGAGUGGUCUGAGGACUACUUUUAAGGUGGCCACAGACGCACAGAUAUCGUACGAAAUUAAUUUUCGUACGAUAUUCGGUGCGUGUAUGGUGGGAAAAUUUCCAACUGAUAUCGGCAUAAGACUUCGAUAUUGGUCGAUCGGGCUAGACGGAAAAUUUUAAUUGGGCGCCUUUGAAGGCACCUGAACAUCGCCCAUUGUUAGUGCUGAAUCGUCAGAUACAGGUAGAAUUCUAUUGUUUCUAUAUGUAUAUCUGACCAUUCAGCUCUACACGUGUGUAUGGAAAUGAACAAUCUUUUUUGGAAAGAUCUUUUCCAAGAAAGAUCAUAAUUGUCACGUCUAUGGCCACCUUUAGUCAAAAAGCAACGUCUGCUGGUCAGCCUAUAAAUGUAGUUCUUGACCUGUGGAUCUUCAGAGUUCGCCUCAUAAGCGAGAGUCAUGUUGUGUAUGUCCAGAUUAUUCCCUUGGCUUGGCAUAUUGGAUAUUAGUUUGAUUGGAUGUAGGUUGGUGUUUUUAUAAGGUAUAUUUAUCAGGCUUGGUAUUUUGGGAUAGUGCCGGCAGAUUGAAUGUCCCAUGUUUAUACAGGGAGUAGAUAUAAUAAGAACUGGACAUAUAUCCAGCCCCUUACUGCCAGUUGGGCUGACUAAAUGGCACACACUGUUAUUUGUGCAGACUUGGUGCUUCCCUACCUUUAGGUCAAGUGUGAAAACCAGUGUAGGGAAAUGUGUGUUUUGGUAUCAGUUGACUUUUUUUCAUUCAUGGCUCAUGGGUUAAGAGGAGCAGAGCAGGGAGACAAAUAGUUGCCGUUGCCCUAAAUAUCAAAGUGUAAUAAACACAAGGGGAACAUUUAGUACAGACUCUAUACUCACACACUGCACCAGAUUUACCCUCUGUAGGGUUCCAAGGCAAUGCUACACCAUAGACUGUCACGUCCCAUAGGUUUACAAGGCAGCACUGCUGUGACCGUCCAUAGGUAUGCAAAGCAACAUGGCACUGUAGGCUUGGCUCUACCAUAAAGGUUUAAGGCAAUACAAAUGGAGUAGCAGUUGUGAAUGUUACAGGUUAGGAAUAGGCGAUGAUUGUUGGGUUCUCUUUGAAUGGCCAUGAUUUGCUGUGAGCAUGUGUUAUGUAAAAGAUGCAAAUAAAGGGGGUCUCAUUUUAUCCUUUUUUUUUUAUAAGAGGUAACCAUACUUUUAAAGUGCACUAUAAAAAAAUUCUAUUUUUGACUUUUAUUUUUUCUCUCCAAACUGCUUUACCCAAAAUCCUUUCUGCUGCCACCCACCCCCCUCCCCACCACCCUUUUUUUAACUUUGCAAACGUAUUGCACAUACCGGAAAGACUGGACGUGUCCAUUUGGGGGUCCUUUCCUCCCAGCCUUCCCCCAAAACCCCCCAAAUCAGAAGGACUCUUCUUUGUACAGUGUAUUUAAUCCAGUGCAUGGUCCGUUCUCUUUACCAAUAUACAGAACACCGCCAUUGUUUAAUAUAUAUAUAUAAAUAAAUAUAUAUAUAUAUAUAUAUAUAUGAGUGCAGUGCUCAGGUCAAGGAGUUAUGUUUUUAUACACGGCCUCCCCUCGAUGAUGAGGGAGGUGGGUGCCGAUUUGAGCAUUGAUUAUCAUGUGAAUAAUGAAGAGGAAAUAUAAAAAAUAUGAACAUUUUCUGUUGUUUACUUUCAUUUUUCUGUUCUUAUUAUCCCCCGAAGUACACUUAAGAUGCCGCAGGUAUUCUGAGCCCCCCCUGUGAGAACAGAGAAUGUCAGCCUCCAGCUCUGCACAUGCAGAACUACAACUCUCACUACCGGUGGGAUUCUGGGAGUUGUAGUCUGAAGGUUGCCAGACUCUGUUGCAGAACAGGGUUUUCAAGACCUCCGACAUCUGGAGAGGUGGGGGAAGCACGCUAGGUGCCUGGGUUUAUAAACGAAGAUACAAAACAUCCCCCCCACCACUUAUAAUUUGUGUCUUUUAACUUUUAUUUUCUUCUCAUUACCGCUGUAUUUGCUUGCUCUGUUUUUUCCUUGUCUGUACAUGUGAAGUGUGAGAUAGAUGUGAACAAUAAUUCCUACCUUCCCGAACCGCCUACUCUCUCUCUCUCUCUCUACAAACUGUAAUUGUAAAUUCAACAAGAAAAUGUAUGGGAUGAAAGAGGAAAAGAAAUGUACUUAUUUAUAAAUGGUUAAUUACACUUGGAA